AGAAGGUGUUUCUGUCUGACCCCGAGUUCCUUGAUGCCACGAGGCCGGAGUACCUGAGCCAUGAGGACAGAUAUGCUAACGAGCUGCGGAAGGCUUGUCACAAUGAUCAGGAAGAUUUAACGAGGAUGAAGAAAUACAGCAGCUAGUCGGGCAGAAUGGACGGAAUCAGAACACUGAUGGGAUCUGGCCUGGGCGUGGCACUGACAAAAGAUGGCAACCCUCUAGCCCUUCACUUCAUUAUGUUUAUGCCAUCCAUCAUGGGCCAGGGCACAGUGGAGCAGCAGGGGGAGUGGAUGGGACGAGCCUGGAGCGGAGAGAUCAUUGGAACUUAUGCGCAGACUGAGCUGGGUCAUGGAACCUUUCUGCGAGGCCUCGAGACCACCGCGACCUAUGACCCCAGCACUGAGGAGUUUGUGCUUCACUCACCCACCAUCACCUCUACCAAGUGGUGGCCGGGGGGACUUGGCAAGACAGCAAAUUACGCAGUGGUGAUGGCACAGCUGUACACGCGGGGGAGGUGCCACGGCCCCCACCCCUUCAUUGUGCAGCUGAGGGAUGAAGAAACACACCAAUCCCUGCCUGGAGUCACACUGGGAGAGAUAGGUCCUCGUUUAGGCAUGAAUACGAAUGAUAAUGGAUUUCUGUGUUUCUCCCAUCACCGCAUUCCUCGCACACACCUCCUCAUGAAGCACUCCCAGGUGUUGCAGGAUGGCACAUACGUUCGGCCGGCAAAUGACAAGCUGGCGUAUGGAACGAUGGUGUUUGUACGCGUAGCAAUCUGCUUUGACACGUACAGACAACUGCAGCGGGCCGUCACCAUCGCUACACGCUACUCAGCCAUCCGUAGACAGUCCGAGCUGGUGCCUGGGCAGCCGGAGCCACAGAUCUUGGAGUACCAGACACAGCAGUACAAGAUAUUACCACUUAUUGCCACAGUGUUCGGCAUCCAUUUCGCCGCUCAGAGUGUGUGGCAAACUUACAACGACGUGACUGGCAGCAUUCAUGACGGGAACCUUGACUUGCUGCCUGAGCUACAUACCCUCUCCUGUGGCCUCAAGGCUCUCAGCUCAUCAGACGCAGCAAAUGGUGUUGAAACUUGCCGGCUAUCUUGCGGCGGCCACGGGUACCUUGCCUCCUCCAACUUGCCUCGUAUCUACACCACCACCACCGCUGCCAUCACCUAUGAGGGAGAAAACACCGUGAUGUGGCUGCAGGUGGCUAGGUACCUCAUUAAGUCCUUUCGUGAGGCAAGACAGGGCCACAGGCUGCAUCAUUCUGUAUCCUACCUCACCCCAAGGCCUGCCUCCACCCACGCUUUGCAGACCAACCUCUCCAAUGCUGCACUGGUGGAGGCGUUCCGUGUGGCUGUAUCUCACCUGGUGGGGGAGGUGGCUGCACGGCUACAGGGGCAGUGUGACUCAGGGAUGGUGUUUGAGCAUGCCUGGAAUGCCUGCUCUGUACAGCUGGCCAGGUGUGCACAGGUGCACAUUCGUUACUUCACCUGUGAGGAGUUCCUGAGUGGGGUGGAGAAGGCGGAGGUGAGUGAGGCAACGCGUGGAGUGCUGAUGAGGCUGUGUCGGCUCUACCUGGUCUUCCACAUCAUCGGUAAUCAAGGGGACUUCCUCAGGAGUGGCGCCCUGACCCCCUCGGACAUGACGACACUAGAGGAGGAGCUGGCCACCCUCCUAGCCGCCCUCCGUCCUGAUGCUGUCUCUCUCGUGGACUCGUUUGACAUUCACGACCGCAUCCUGGACUCCACUCUGGGCUGCUGGGAUGGGAAUGUGUAUGAGAGGAUGUUUGAGGAGGCCAAGAAGAGUCCGCUGAACCAGAAGGAUGUACCAGACGCUUACUACAAAUACCUGCGACCUCUUAUGAAAGCCAGUCUCUAAAACCACCACCACCACCACCACCACCAAUGACCUAGACAGGCUGACAUUUAAAUUGCAUGGUUGUAUUAAUUAGGGACAAAAUUGUAAAGAGGGUAGUUAUAAUAAUAUAGUUAAUAAUCGCACAGCUACAAUUGCAGUGAAGUUGAAUAUUUGACAAGUCGAGCUUUUUUUUUUUAGUUUAUGCAGACCAGACAGACACUAAGACCCUGUAUAUUGUGUCUCUGUGUUCAUAAAGAGGGCUGGUCAUGCUGGUUAGUUUAAUGGCCACACAACGGUUGACAGGUGGCUGAUGUGAGGGAAGAAAACGAGGAGAGCAAGAAAUUUACUGGUAUCUUAGCUUCCUCCUCUGUGUUUGUGUAUUAAUAAGGAAUGAAUGGAAGGUAGAGUGUGUGAGAGAAAUUGAGAGGAGGAGAAGAGGGCUGGAGCUUGGAAGAACAGUAAUAAAUGGAAGAUAGAGAGUGUGAGAGAAAAGGAAGAGGAGCAGGAGAGGACUGAAGCUUGUAAGGACAGGAAUAAUGAAAGAUAAAGUGUAAGAAAGUGUGUGAGAGAAAGGGAGAGAAGUUUAAUAGUUGCACAAAGGCCAUCAGAUAGGGAAAGUUAAUGGCUGAUGAAAUACUGGUGAGAAAAAAAAUAAAAAAAUAAGGAAAACUGAUGAACUGGUAGAGAAAAUAAAGGAAAGGAUUAUGAAUUAUUAGCAAGAGCAUAACCACUAAUGACACAAAUAUUCUGGCUGUAAAUAUCUACUUAUACCCCAAAGUGGGCAAUGUAUCAAGGCACAAACUGAGAGCAGACACAGUGAACAGUAUUUAACCAAGUCUCAGUUUGCACAGAUCACCGCUAACCACAAAUUGAACUACAGGCAGCGAUGAGAGGCAGCCUAUCUGUGCUCAUCACUUUUCUUUAUAUUUUUUAGUUAAUGAAUGAAGUGUGAAUGGGGUGAGGGGCCAUGCUGCCUUGUGAAUGGUGCUAGUGUUGUGAUAAUGUUUGUGUAGGAAGUCUGUAGAAGAGUGGUAUUGUUGCCACUGUCAGAGUAUUACAGGCAGAUGUGCAGGUGCCCUAAGUUGUGGAGUCUUUUAAGUUAACUGGAAUAUAGGCAAGAAUACAAGGGUUGGUGCGGGAAGACAUCAGCCCUACACGUGGCAGGCCCUUUCUAAAAACACCUAUCUAUUUCCACCUAUCGUCCCUGUGUUUAUAAAAAGAUUAAUAUAUGGACUUUAAUAUCUCACCAAAUAGAUGAACAAAAAUGGGGAUGUGAUAGGAAGAGAUAGAUGAAUGACAGUUGUUUAAUAUUCAAAUGUUCCGUGCAAUACAACCACAACUUAGGGUAAUUGUGUGUGUUAUUUAUGCAUGAGAGGUGAAAUAUAAGGUGGGUUAGACUAAGUAUUGUGGAUUAUAUAAAUAAGUAUUAGUAAAAAGUAAAUAUUGUACAGUAUAUAUGCAUGAGAGGUGGAAUAUUGAUAAGAGUUGUAGACUAGAGGGUGUUGUGGGUUAUAUAAUUGUUGGAGCAGUGAAUUAUGGGUAGUUAUUGUGGGUGGAAUGUAUAGAGAAUGAGUGGUAUAUGUUAUCUCUAAUGCCAAGCUGGUGGUUCCCUCAGCCACACACUGAAUAAACACACGCACACUGAAUAAACAUGAUGCCAGAUUAUAUUACGGGAAAUAAAUACUUUAUAUAAAUUUA